AUUUGAGUAUUGAAUUUAUAAAAUCGGAUUAAAUUUGGGACGAGAGAAAACGCGUCUCGCCCGUACCGUUCCCACCUCUACCCAAAAGCCGUCUUACAUUAUAUUGGUUUUAGUAAGCAACAAAUAUUCUAUCGGCGUGCGCUCCCAACCUUAUCAACUUUACAGCCUCUUCUUCUAUUCCUUUGAAGGCGAUUACGCUCAGGUAAAUUUUGUAGCUGCUUCUUUUCGGCAAUUAUUACUUUACCUAACAAUGGCAGAUGGUCACGAAACUGAUAAAAAUAUUGAGAUAUGGAAGAUCAAGAAGCUGAUCAAAGCACUUGAAGCUGCUAGAGGCAAUGGCACCAGCAUGAUAUCACUCAUAAUGCCUCCACGUGAUCAGAUAGCGAGGGUUACAAAGAUGUUGGGAGAUGAAUUUGGAACUGCUUCAAACAUCAAAAGCAGAGUUAAUCGUCAAUCUGUGUUAGGUGCAAUCACUUCUGCACAGCAGAGGCUCAAACUUUAUAGUAAGGUUCCUCCCAAUGGGCUUGUGCUCUACACAGGAACAAUUGUGACUGAAGAUGGGAAGGAGAAGAAAGUCACAAUUGAUUUUGAGCCUUUCAGGCCUAUAAAUGCAUCUCUUUAUCUCUGUGACAACAAGUUUCACACAGAGGCACUGAAUGAACUUUUGGAAUCAGAUGACAAGUUUGGUUUUAUUGUGAUGGAUGGUAAUGGGACUCUUUUCGGGACAUUAAGUGGUAACACCAGAGAGGUGCUUCAUAAGUUCAGUGUUGAUCUUCCAAAGAAGCAUGGGAGAGGAGGACAAUCAGCCCUUCGUUUUGCUCGACUUCGAAUGGAAAAGCGCCACAACUAUGUGAGGAAGACUGCUGAGCUUGCCACUCAGUUUUUUAUCAAUCCUGCCACCAGCCAGCCUAACGUUUCUGGAUUGAUACUGGCUGGAUCAGCUGAUUUCAAAACUGAGCUGAGCCAAUCAGAUAUGUUUGAUCAGCGGCUUCAGGCUAAGAUUCUGAAUGUGGUUGAUGUCUCUUAUGGAGGAGAGAAUGGUUUCAACCAGGCAAUUGAGCUUUCCUCAGAAAUCCUGUCAAAUGUGAAAUUUAUACAGGAGAAGCGCUUAAUAGGGAAAUACUUUGAGGAGAUCAGUCAAGAUACUGGGAAGUAUGUUUUCGGUGUGGAUGACUCAUUGAAGGCCUUGGAGAUGGGAGCUGUUGAGAUACUAAUUGUGUGGGAAAAUCUGGACAUAACUAGGUAUGUGCUGAAGAACACUACUACCGGUGAUGUUGUCAUAAAACAUUUGAACAAGGAGCAGGAAGCUAAUGAGAGCAACUUUCGUGAUUCAGCCACCUCCUCUGUUAUGGAGGUUCAGGAGAAGAUGGCUCUUUUAGAGUGGUUUGCUAAUGAAUACAAGCAGUUUGGUUGUAGUCUUGAGUUCGUUACCAACAAAUCACAGGAGGGUUCUCAGUUCUGCAGGGGGUUUGGUGGGAUAGGAGGUAUCCUUCGAUACCAGCUUGACAUGAGAUCAUUUGAUGAGCGUUCUGAUGAUGAAGUCUAUGAUGAUUCUGAAUAGCAAUCAAUCAACCCUACCCCAUUGCUGGUGCAGGAUAAUGGGGUUGAAAGCAAAGCCUGCACCAAUGCCAGAGCUGUCGCGGAUACUGCUGCUGCUCACAAUACCUCAAAAGUUUACCAUGCAUCCAUCUAAUUAAGGCUUUAACCAAACGAUGGAGCAGAUAAAAUGUCGAAAAGGCAUAGCUGGGAAGAUUGCUUACACUUGCUAGGAAUUCUAUGGAGCUUCCUUUCUAUUUUCUUGGACCAGGGCCCUUGCAUAUAUUCAAAUAGCGUAUUGCUGUUAUUUAAACAUUGCCACGGUUACAAAUCUGUGGUUGUCUGGAGCUAUUUUGUUUGUCUCUUUUACUUUGUAGAAAUAAUGCUCGUGUUAUGCCCUAGUUGCCUUUGGUUGAAAGAGUAUGAUUUGUCAUAUUUUAUUUCUCGUGGACGUUGUAAUGUGUGGUUUCCUGAUUCCAACUUAUUGGAAACAUAUCUUAUUGAAUUAAUAAGAUAACUAUAUUUAGUAAUAA